AUGAGAAGAAUUAGAAAAUGCGAUGAAGACGAAGAGGUGGUGGAAAUAGAAAAGUAAAGACUUAGUAAAUUAUGAAUUAAUUAUUGAUAGAUGAGGUUAAUUUAAAAAUAGAAAAAUGUUUUGUUCAAAAGAAUAGAAAAUAAAGUAAUUUUAGACAUUGA